CAACCAAAAAUGUACUGCUGUUUCCUUUCCACACCCAACUAGCAUGACUAGUCAUGAUUUUUUUUUAAGAAAAGAAAAUCACCCGGUAUCUACUCCAUUUUCUUCCCAAACUCGGACACGACCUGGUUUUUUGAAAAAUAAAGGAAAGGCGUCGAAGUAAGAUACCUUGCAGAAGCACACUUGCAGAGAUGGAAAGCCAAAGUAAAAUUAUGGAUAGGCUGCGUGCUACCUUCCGCUCUGGUGUGACUGUUACAGAACAGUUCCGUAGAACCCAGCUUAAUAACCUUCUCUCACUAGUAACAGAGAACGAACAACUGAUUGUAGAUGCACUCCACAACGACUUGAAUAAGCCCAAGUUUGAGGCCAUCCUAUCAGAGGUACAUAUGGUUUUGAAUGACAUUUACUAUGCAUUGGACCACCUGAAGUCCUGGAUGCAGCAUGAAUAUGUGGGCAAGAAUAUGGCCACAAGGCUAGAUGACUGUUUUAUCCGUAGAGAACCCUUAGGAGUGGUUUUAAUCAUAGGAGCAUGGAACUACCCCCUACAGCUCAUUAUCCUACCCCUCAUAGGGGCAAUUGCAGCAGGGAACUGUGUUGUGCUGAAGCCGUCGGAGAUCAGCCAGGCUACAGAGAAACUCCUGGCAGAACUCAUCCCCAAAUAUUUGUCUCAGGAUUGUUACGCAGUGGUGUGUGGUGGAGCAGAUGAAACCAAGGAACUACUAGAGAAGAAAUUUGAUCACAUUUUCUACACGGGUUCCCAGGUAGUGGCACGCAUUGUCCUGCAGGCAGCCUCGGUGCACCUCACUCCCGUCACCCUUGAGCUGGGUGGUAAGAGCCCCUGCCUCAUCCAUGGGGACUUGGACAUCCCAUCUGCUGCACGCCGCCUGGUCUGGGCAAAGUUUUUCAACGCCGGCCAGAGCUGCGUGGCACCCGACUACGUGCUUUGCUCGACGGCCAUGCGUGACGCCCUACUGCCCGCCCUCCGCGACACUUUGAAGUCGUUCUACGGGGAGGACAUACGGACUAGUCCGGACAUGGGGCGCAUUGUGACGCCACGCCACUGGACUCACCUGAUGGAGUUGCUGGGCAAGAGCAAGGGCAGGGUGGUGAUUGGAGGAGAGAGCGACGAGGGAGACCGGUACAUUGCUCCCACAGUGCUGGUGGAUGUUCAGGAGAGUGAUGUCCUGAUGCAGGAGGAGAUCUUUGGGCCCAUCCUCCCUAUCAUCACCAUUGAGUCUCUGCAGGAGGGGAUAGACUUCAUCAACCGCAGGGAGAAGCCACUGGCCCUUUACGUCUUUUCUGACGAGAGCUCGGUGGUGAAAAACGUUUUGGAGAACACCAGUAGUGGAGGCUUCUGCUCAAAUGAUGGUAUAGUCCACAUGACCCUACCAGGACUGCCCUUUGGGGGAGUAGGAGCGAGUGGCUGCGGCAGUUACCACGGGCGCUGGAGCUUUGAGACGUUCAGCCACCGGCGGGGCUGCAUGAUGCGAAGCUGGGGCCUGGAGAAGAUCAAUGGGCUUCGCUACCCGCCCUACCAGGAGCGCAGCCUGAGCUGGCUCCGCUGGGCCACCACCGCCAAGAGCAGCUGGACAAGCUGCUCUCUCAUGUGAAACUGUGUCAGUGGAACCAACACAUGCGGCUGAUGUCACACCUCUUCAGUCUGUGACUCAUUGACUGUUACAUUUCGAAUGAAAUAUUUUUGGUCACGUGUAAAAUGUGAUUUUUCUCAUCAAAUGUUUAUGUACCUCGUAUGAAGAUCCUCUGUCAGGUCAAGGCAUGUAGUUGACAGUGCAGACUCUUCUGAUUAACCUGUUUUUUUAAGUCAAACCACUUUGUUGGUUCCUGUUCUGCUGGGACUGGUUUUGCAGUUGUUCCUAAUGUAACUCUUCAUUCAAUGACACCUGAAGCGUGAAGAAGUAGCACUUGUCGAUCUGGUUUGACCAGCUUACGCAAUCCUGGAUUUUCUUCCUUCUACCUAAAAUGCAUGUUAAGCCUCCUCUUCUAUUUAUUCACUUGAAAUGCCAAGUUCUAAAGGUAAUUUGACCCAUACAUGUAGAUAUGUGGGGAAAGCUGUUGUAGAAUAUUGUAGUGUGCAACAGAAAUAAACUUUAGAUUAACUGUCUCUAACCCUUGGACUCCUGACUCAGGGAUACAUUGACAUAUAUGCACAAAAGCCCUGUUGUGAAAAUUAGGUGGCUUGUCCUUUUGGUGGAUAAGGGGGUUUUGGUUCACUUAUUACUUUGGGUUUCACACAAUUUAUUGCAGGUUCUUCUAUAUAAUUGUCCAGUGUGGAGACAGAUGGGUUUUCUGUUUUUACCAAGUGUACAUUAGAUGUCAGUGUAAAUAAAUGUAAAAAAAAUUUGAUGAAUAAAAUCACAAUUCACAUUUUGUAAACAAAUAUUUAGUCAUUGGUUAUUACCAUUUUCAAAUUAAAAUGUCAACAACAAAAUAGUUUCACAAUUGUAAUGCAAAUGCUGCAUAAAGUCAGGUUUAGUCUGGUGUUGGUGUUUCUGGGAUAAAACAAAGUAAUACCAUCUGGUUUAAUCAAGAUGUCAACCAUACAAAUUGCAUGUCGUGUUGGGUUUGAGCUCAAAAUA